AAAGAGGCUGUUUAACUCUAUCUCUGUUAGCUUCCUUUUUUUUUUCUCUCUCUCUUUUUUUUCACGUCGUUCUUUAUUUUUCUUUUUGUUGAAAUGAAAUUAUUUUUUUACUUUGUAGUAUCAGCUACGGCUAUACUACUUCAAUUCUCUUGUCUAUCUUUCGCAGACAGUGACCAACAACUGCCUAUUCAUAACCAACACCAGCACCAUAGCAAUCACUUGAAUGUGAAAACUAUUCUCGCUCAACACGAUAAACCUAACCAACUUGAAGCACACACAAAGCAUUUCAAAGGCGAAACAUUAGCCUAUGUUACUCCUUGGAAUAACAGAGGUUAUGAUAUUGUCAAGGAAUUCAAAGGAAAAUUCGACUAUGUUUCCCCUGUUUGGUACUAUAUUCAACGCAGAUCGUCAAUGCAGUUUGAUAUUGAUGGUGAACAUGAUGUAGAUCAAGGAUGGAUAAAAGAAGUUAGAGAUGAGUCAACAGGAAAAGGCAAAGUUCUUCCUCGUUUCCAAUUACGUGGUUGGACUGGUGAUGACUUGAGAUAUUUUGUCACUAGUGCUGAAGAAUCAAAAGUAUUGGCAGUAGAGAUAAACAAGCAAGUCCAGAAAUAUGGAUUUGAUGGCAUUGUUUUAGAAUGUGGUUUCCCUGCUUUCUUUCAAUUGUUUUUGACUGAAUUAUCCCAUUUGCUUCAUCAAGAAAACAGGCUGUUUAUUGUUGUUCUUCCAUCGGUCAUGACUGAUGAACAUAAGCAAUAUAUGAAGCCGGAUGUUGUUCGUUCUAUGGCAAAAUAUGUGGAUCGAUUUAGUUUGAUGACUUAUGACUACUCCAGUCACGAUCCUAAUGGAGGUCCUUCGUCACCUAUCGAAUGGGUGAUGGACAACAUUGAAUACUUGACUGACAAGGACAACAGAAACAAGUUUUUGGUUGGACUCAACAUGUAUGCCAUGUCUUAUUUGCAGACACGCGCCCCUGAACCUUUGGUUCUGAAGACAGUAUUGGAGAAGUUAGCUGAACAGCCCAACGAAAUUGAUGAUGAACUAUUAGAUGAAAAGGACAGUAACAAGAAAGAUUCAAUGGAUGAAGAAUUGAAUUGGGAUAAAGAUAGUCAAGAAGCAUGGUUUGUUGAUAUUGAUGAAGAUGGUACCAGACAAGGCACUAUUUGGAUGCCAACAUUAAGAUCCAUUAGAAAUCGUGUUCGACUUGCAGAAGAUUAUGGAGUGGGUCUUGCUUUAUGGGAAGUGGGUCAAGGCCUUGAUUACUUUUAUGAUUUAUUCUAAGAAACUCGCUGGCUGCAUAAUUGUUCGCUUCCUUUUAAAAAUAAACAUAGUCACAGGUCUUUAAAAUUC